AUGGCUAUAACAUUAGAGAGGCCUAUAUAUUUUUGGCCAAAAUUAUUUGAUAACAAGAUGGGUAACAAACGAUGUAAUUAUAAGAAAGAAAAUUUGAAAAAAGCGAUUAAGGCCUAUAAGAACCAUGAAAUGUCUUCUGCAACCGCUGCAAAAGCUUUUGAUGUUCCAGAGAGUACAAUAAGAAAACAUAAAUCAAAUCCUGUAUUAAACAUUGGUGGUGAUCGUCCAAGGUUUCUCACAGAUCAUCAAGAAGAAUAUCUAGCCGUAUUGUUUCGACAAUUAGAAACGAUCGGCGCAAGAUUAACAAAAGAUAUGGUUUUAAAAAUUGCUGGUGAAUAUAUGUCAUUGGUUAGGCAAGGGCGGCUUGAUUAA